AGUAAAGGAAAUAUUUAUGCCAUAGAUCACUAUCAUUUUUUUAAAAAAGAUAACUGACUAUCGAUUCACUGUACCUCUUAUCAUUAACACGUUAUGGUUUAUCUUUCCCCCCAGUUUAUGUGUAUUUAUUCAGAUAUGUACAUACAAUCAAUAUUGAAAAUACAGUAGUUACUUUAUGUCGAACAAUAAUUGGUUUUUUUUGCACUUAUAACUUGUUUGGUUGGUGCUUGUGCUUUUAUUAGAGUUUACACAAAAUUAUUCUUGGACUUUCGAGGAAAACUUUAUUAUUAAGAAGAAAUCAUCCAACGGCCAGCGUUAUGUCUUAGGACCGUUAGAAGGAGACUGGUCAGUUUACGGAUAUCGUGUAGUUUAUUUCCAUUGAAAUAUGAUAAACGUUAUGUAUUGGUCCAUUUGUAUUUUGUGUGUUGUUGGUGGAUAUCGGAGUUUGGUACUGGACGAAGAAGAUAUGUCCAAUGAUUAUCCUUUCAACGCACCCCAAUACCACACAAAAACUUUGAGGGUAAAAAACGGAACUCCUUUGAGAUUAAAAUGUCAUCAGGAUAAAGCUAAAUGGUAUUUUAAACCAUGCGAUUCGAAUUUCUAUGGAAUAGUAUGUAAUGAAAAAAACCGUCACUGGAGGAGGUUGGAAAACGUAACACGAGGAAGAAUACACUUUGAAGCUGCAAAUAAAGAACACAAUGGUAUAUAUAGAUGUUCGCAAAAUAAUGUCCCUGUGAAAAUAUUUAUUGUUGAUGUUUUUGAUCCUGGUUAUAGCGGUUCACCACCUCAAGUUUAUCCUUUAAAAAUCUCAAACAUAACAGGACCCAUAAAUAUGGAAUUUACAAUCCAAUGCAAAGUUAACAGUGAAGUUCCUCCCACAAUAAUCUGGUUUAAAAGUUGUUAUGGACAAAAAUGCGAUUUUAAAUAUUAUCAAACAUGUUAUUGCCAUAUUAAUACAUCCAUAUCGAAUUACAACACAGGAAGUACCUACCUCAGCAAAUAUCUCAUUUUUAAUGCUAGAGAUGUGGAUAGCGGAACCUAUGUGUGUUUAGCUGUUACUCAAUUCGGAAAAGACGAUCAAAACGUUACUAUAAGUGUUCCAUAUACAAAGUCCGAUAAUGAUUUAUAUUCGUUGCUGUUUCUAAUACCCUUUGGAUUUCUAUUAGUACCUUUACUUGUGUGGUGGUGUUACUUUAGGAAAAAGAAAAAAUCUGUUGUGAUAGUUGUAGAUCAACAAAAGCAACUUAUAAGAGCCCAAGGUCAACCCAAUUUAGGUUAAUUUUAAAAAGGGAAGUUAUUUGUUUUACGAAUUGAAACAUUUCAAUACAACAUUCAAAAUUAAAAUAAACGCAAUAUCUACACCGUUCCUAAUAAUAAUUCAAAAUAAAAUAUGAGGCGGAAAAUAUGUGUAGAUGUAGGCAUGCCGGUGAGUAUUAUAUGAAGUGGAUAGAUAUUUUGUUAACCUACUAAAGAAUUUUUCUUUGAAAAACGCACGUGUAUUGUCUAUCAACAUUAAUCCAAACACGACUAUCUAGUAGCACUCGGGAAAUAUUGGGACAUGAGCACCAAAAGUUAUUCUUCAUCGACCAAUGGGCCUAUGACUCAAUAAAAGAAACCAUUCAUUAAUAGCACUAAAAGAACAAGGUAUGGAUACAAAACAGCAAAGAUUAAUCAUGAUGACUAUGAGGUUCAUACUUCAAGGAGAAUCUGAUGAUUUUGUGAUUAACAAAGGAGUAAGGUAAGGCGACUCGCUUUCGGCAAUACUAUUCAACUUACAAUUAGAAUACAUAAAGAGAAAGUUCGUAAAGGGAAUUUAAGGUCAAGUGGUAGAUAAACCAAAAGAAGAUCUAUAAUGUUAAACGAGAUAUUUACAGAGAGAGAACAGAUGGGUUUGAAAAUCAAUGGAAACAAAACAAAAAUAUUGAUAUUUGGAAUGCAAUAUGAAGAGGAAACGGUGAAAUGAAUGAAUUUAUGGCAGUAGAAAAGAACCUCGGCGUUAUGGUCAAUAAUAAAGGAGACAGGACUGGUGAGAUUGAAGAAAAAAUAAUUAAUCAAAAUAUAACCUUGCAUGUUAAUAUUAUUAAAAAGUAAACUGAUAACUAAACGAAUGAAGAUCAAUAUACGAACUGAGAAAUGAUUGACGAAUUCAGUGGCGUAGAUAUUUGGAAACAAUCAAAAAUCAACAAGUGGUUGAAAAACACCUAAGUAGAGUAGGAGUUAGAAACUGGUACUAAAAAAACAGGAAAUAGGCGAGAAGGUGUAGAUAUUGAGACUGAUCCACCUUAACAAGAAAAUCUAGAGAGUAUUUUUGCGGUGCAGGCCCAUUAGGGAAGUUAAGCCAUUAUUAUUAUUGUUAAGAGGCAUCGUCUUCUUAGAGAAAAAUGAGUGCGACGUUAUAAAUUGCUCAAUAUGGAAUUAAAUAUAAAAAUCGAAUACAAUCGUUUAUGUUUAGCGAAUACACUUUUCUUUUUAGUAAUAUAUCUGAUAGGGUGUUCGAAAUAUAUAAGCGUUUUUGUCUCAAGACUAUAAACCUUGAAAAGUUUCUUGUUGAUAAAACUGACUUUUUACUUGUCAGAUUUGUGAUUAAAAAUAAAUUUCUGCUUGAAAAUAACAAUUUCCAUGCACAAUUACAAUAGUUUUUAAUAAAUUUGCGAGAAAAUAUAUACAGUAAGUUGCUUCAAAACAAUUUUAUUUUCUCAAAUGUUUCUAUUUGAUCCUCAUAAAACAUGAGUACAUGUAAGUAAAUUAGUUGCCAAUAUUUGACUUGAAAGGGAAGCAAUGGUAAGUGUUGGGGCCAAAUUCCACGUAGUUUUCUCGUGCGUGUAUCGUUAGAGGAUAGUUCUUCUAUUAGCUCUUUGUCAUGGUUUGCCAUCUGCUGAUUGAUGUUACGGCCAUGUUGGGAAUGUUGAAAACAGUGUGGAGGGUAUAAUUACUGACAUACCACGCCAGGUUUCUUAGUGUUUUGGAUUCAAACCUCUGUAUAAUGUUGUUCGCAGUAAUGCAUGUUGUUAAGUCUGAUAAAUUUGUAGGGUGGCUUGGAGCAUUAUCAAUUAAUAGUAGUUUUUAUUUCACAAUAACGUUUAAUAGACGGGCAGAAAUGUUAAGUGAACCAAUCCUGGAAAAUUUUUAUAGUUAUCCAUUUUCAUAGUUAUUAGACUACCAACUUAGAGGUAAAGUUGAUUCAGAUAUGCCUUUCAUCGCUCUUGAUUUUUUGGAGUAAUAAACUAAUAGUGGUUUUAAUUUGAAAUCUCUUUUUGCGUAGAAGUGAUGUGAUCUCUUGCAGCUUUAGAUCCUGGUGCUCCUUUCUCUUCACGGGAUAGAACUGCGCCACCAAAAAAGAAACACAACUAUACUGUUUCGGACAUAUUUGGAAACCUAGCGCUGCCCACAAUUUCGGGGAAUCCCCGGGUUGAAAUAAAAUAGUGCUAAAGAGAAAGCUUCAAGCGGGGUCUUAUUGUACUAAAAUCUCUUUGAACUAAAGUAACUAGAUCAGUCUCUUUCAUGUUAAAUAUUAUUUCUCCGGUGACAUCACUUUUUUGUUGCUUGAGGGACUAGUACCGGUUUUUUUUCUUCAACAUCAUUUUAUAGAGGGCGCCAAAGUCGAGACUGUGAAAAUGAUAGUCUCCCACUGCGCUGAGAUAAUCUCGUAUUUGGUAAAUAUGAAACAAAAAAUUCAAAAUGCUUUUUAGAGGAAGGUGGCUUAUAUCGUAAUUUACCACAUAUGAAUAAAAAAUUGAGAAAAACUGGCGGCUGUUAAAGAAAUAUGUAGAAUUAACGUUUUUUUCACUUUUUUCCCCAUGGCAAAUUUUUUUUCAAUUUUUUACAAUUUUCUAGUAAAUUACAGUAGAAGAUUGAAAAAAUCUGUCGAUUGGUUGCAAAGAACAAUUCAGCGCAGAGUUUUUUAAAGCUUUAAAGAGCAGCCGUCAAUCGCUCAAAAUUGCUUGUAGAGCAUCUGAAACGCGUGCACGCUCGAACUAUUAUAACUUUAUUAUAGCGAUUUUGCUAUGAAAUUUUAGAUGUUUUUUUGAAAGUAAAAGGAUUCGAAAAUGUAAAAAAAUCAAUUUUUUUUUAAUUAUAACCGAUAUUAGUCCCUUAAUAGCGGUUGUCAUUUUCAAUCUAAUGCCUAUGAUUAUUUUUAUAAUAAAAAAAGAUGGAGUAAUCAACUAUUCUGACAAAUACUAAAAGUGCAGCUUUAAUUUUUUGAGAGAAGUAUUUGCAAUUGGAUUUGUUUGUAUUCUAUAAGGGAUUGCACAAUUUUAGGUCACUACAUGUUUUUUUAUAAAAAAUUGUGUAAAUAUUGAGCAAAUUCAAUUUUACAAAAAAAAUCUUAUGUUAAUUCAAUAGGAAACUAAAAUAAAAAAGCAAUCCCUUACAAUUGGGCUAUAGAGCACAUGUUUUGUGAGAAUUUUUACUCAAAUAAAAACAUUUGAGGGGAAAAAAAGAUUAAAAAAAAUUUUUUUUGAAGCACCCUAAAUACAGGGGAGCUUAUAACUCUCCUGCCAAACACGAACUAGUUAUACUAGAUGUGAUUUUGGGUCCAUCUAACCUAAUUUAUCUUUAUAAAUUACCUAGCUCCUUUUGAAGGUGAUAUUUUUGUCAGUUUCUUUUAGAUAUCUCAAAAAACUGCUAACUAUAACCUUCAAGCCUCUAUAUUCUAUGAACCGGUGUUUUCUAUACUAACAAGCACUUAACAUGGACAACUUAACAGACUAAUCUUCAGAAGGCGCUACCUGCCUUAUAAGAAACUUUUGGUUUAAGAUAAAUUAGGUAAGACCGGUAAAAAAUCCCAUCUAAUAUAUUUAGUUAGUAUUUGGUAAUAAAAUUCUGAAACAACUAUAUAAUUGUUAAUGAACUGUAUACAAUGAUCGUCUGUGAUAAUUUUGAUUUAGAUUAAAUUAUUUGAACAA